AAUGGGUGAUAUCAUAUCUAGCAAAUUUCAUAGACAGUCGAUGAUGUACCGUUAUCAUUCAUAAUUUAUUCAUUCGGAAUAUCACUCUGCCCUUUCCAUCAAGUCGAGAAAAAAGGACCCCAGAACAUAAAGGUUUUCAUGGUAAAAAUGUAAAUUGCCUCCGGCGAAUUUCCGACUGCGCGUGACAAAUGCCACAGAAGCAAACAUCUAUUUGCUGUCAUUUCUGCUCGUCUUUUUAUGAAAAUAUUUUAAUAUGGUCUGUUUUCUAUAAAUGUAUACGUACGUGUAGAUGCAAUUUUACUGGAAUAAAACGUUUUAUUCAAGAAAUAGUUGCUUCAAUUUUACACGUAUCACAUGCGAACAAGUGGAGACUUUCUGAAAGCGUUCUGAUUUUGCGAUUAGAGAAAGGCAUGGAAUGCAUAUAUUUUAUAAGAGACUGUCAAAUUGAUAUGAAGAGAUAAAGUGUCCAUUCUUAUUUUCUCUAUACCAAUUCAGCAGAAGCUAUGGUACCUGUAACGAGGUGUAAAUUUCUUUGCGGUCGGGCACAAAACGUUUAAACUGCGGGCAACGCCAUUUCUCGUGCCAUGUGACCCAAAGUAGUUGCAUGAUUGUGUUGUAUGACAUCCGGGGUAUUUUUCUCGCUCGACGGAAAAGGCCAAGCGAUAUUCGAAUUGAUCAUUGUUUCUUACGCGGAUGCCACAGAAGUGCAAAAACCAAAUACGUGUAUGUAUAUACAAAUGUAUUCAUAUAAAAAGAAUUUUAAAAAAGCAUACCCCCCCCCCCCCCAAUUAUUAUUAUUAAUACGUACAAAAUAAUGACAGUAAACUUAAUACAUGAAACGACCAGCUGUAUUUGUAAAAAAAAAAAAAAAAAAAAAAUCACAUUAGAAAAUAAGUUUCCUUUGAAACUGCUGCAACUUUUUUAUUUCACUAAGAGGCUCCACAUGGAACAUAGUACAAAACAGUAUAUUCAUUAAUAAACAAUGUCGAACACAAUGAAUGAACACGAUAGAAAGGUAAUAGCACAUGAUUAUGGACAUUACUAUCUUAAUAAAUCAUAGUGAAUUUGUCGUCACAAUCGAUCAUUAAUUCACUAUAGCUAAUAGUAUUUGAACUAUCGGUAAAGCGUUUUGGCAAGCAUCUACACCCAAAAUUCCCAGUACCCUAUAUUGUGACAAUAUUUAAGAGGAGUUGUUUAGGUACACUCAGAGAGACUUUUCUCAUAGGGACAUCUUACAACAAAUUAUAAAAAUUUGGCCUUGUCCUUUGGAUGCAUGCAAGGAUUAUCAUCUACUGCUAAACGUUAAAACGGAAUAUCGAUUUUAAGUUUAACACGCAAGAUUUACAUAGUAUAUAACAGAUUCUCGACAAAAUUUCAAGUUUGUUCUGUAGGUGAAUAUAUCAAUUUGAUUAAGCUGCCACUGGCACAAAAUCACGUCAUAAAUGACAUUUUCUCUAUUUUAUAUUGGAAAGAACAUUUAUGUGUACUUCUGUUGGCCGAGGACGAGUGAGAUGGAAAACCACGUGGGCGAGGAAGCGGCUAAGAUGGUCAACCACACAGAAGAUGUGCAUGUGGAGGAUCCUGUUGUUGAAGAUGUGGAUGGCGAUGACGGUCUCAUUUAUAAAGUUACAGAUAACCCGCCCAUGCAUCUCACUAUCUUAUUUGCGUUCCAGCAAGCUCUUCUUUCCCUGGCAAAUCAGUUAGCGCUGUCCCUGAUGGUAGCAGAGGCUGUCUGUGGGGACAAAAAUCCCGAUUUCAAGACCAAACUUCUGAGUACAACGUUAUUUAUGGACGGUAUCACCACGCUGGCCAUGGUGUUGGUUGGAGUCAGGCUUCCCCUGUUCCAAGGCGCGGCUUUUGAGUAUGUAGUACCACUGCUUGCUCUACAGACUCUUUAUCCAGACAGGUGUGAUGCCGGCAGAACAUCAGUGAUGACGAUAUUUAACGAGACAUCUGGAAUGAAUUUCACGAUCGUGAAAAAUGCCACAAUAGAUGAAUGGGGAUUAAUUAUGUCACAUGUACAAAACUUACAGGGAAGCCUAAUGGCUGCCGGUUUCAUCCAUUUCUUGAUAGGAGCCACAGGCCUUGUUGGCCUCAUUCUAAAUUUUGUUGGCCCGGUAACCAUCGUUCCCACAAUUCUCCUGAUCGGGAUAUACAUGCAGAGGGCCGCCGUGAAGUUUGUAUCCGUACACUGGGGCAUCGGGUUACUUACCGCUGGACUGGCCAUUAUAUUCUCCCUAUACCUCGCGAGGUGGAAGCUUCCCAUCCCAAUGUGGACCAAAAAGAGGGGAUGCCACGUCAUGCGAUACCCUCUGCAUCAAGUGUUUGCGAUUCUGAUCGCCAUGCUGAUAGGCUGGGGGGUCAGCGGCAUCUUCACAGCGUGUGGGUUACUAGAAGGCAACCCACUGGCGAGGACAGACGUCGGGCAUGAAGCCAUUGUGGAAGCCAACUGGUUUUAUUUUCCAUAUCCAGGUCAGUUUGGGCCACCAGAUUUCAGCGUGAGUGUGUUCGUAGGGUUCCUUAUAGCAACGAUGAUCUCCGUACUGGACUCCAUUGGGGAUUAUUACGCAUGCGCCAAAACAUGUAACGUACCACCUCCUCCAAACCAUGCUAUCAAUAGGGGCAUUGCCAUUGAAGGACUCUGCACGUUCUUCUCAGGGAUAAUGGGUUGUGGACAUGCAACCUCCACAUACGGAGGCAAUGUUGGGGCUGUGGGCAUUACCAAGGUUGGCAGCCGACAAGUGUUCAUGCUUUGUGGAAUCCUUUAUAUCGCGUUUGGCCUUGUCGGGAAGUUUUCUGCAGUAUUCAUCACUAUUCCGCAUCCCGUGCUGGGCGGGGCUCUCGUCACUAUGUUUGGAAUGUUCAUUGGGGUAGUAUUGUCCAACCUCCAGUAUGUCAAUCUCACUUCCACUCGGAAUCUGGCAAUUAUUGGAUUCUCCCUAAUAAUGGGUUUAGCUAUACCUUACUGGGUAGAGAAAACUCCCGAUGGUAUCCGAACAGGAAAUGACAAUGCUGACAGAAUUCUUCGCACCCUCCUAGGGAACGCUAAUCUAACAGGUGCUCUUCUAGCGUGCUUCAUGGACAAUACUCUUCCUGGGACUAAAGAAGAGCGGGGAAUCACCGCAUGGCAGAGUUCGGAACACCCCGAGGAAGGCCACGCUGGGCGUUACACACAGGGGGAUGUGUCUUUAUAUGAACCUCUGCUUCCACAACGAAUCAAAAAUCUGUCAAUAAUGAAAUACAUUCCAUUUCUUCCUAACCCCAAACCCAAACAAACACGUGGCACAAAUGUUACUGAAGAAUUACACUCCCUUCCAGUGUUAUGAUAACAAAAAUGGCUCCCCUCACCCCCAGAAAAUACUUUACGUGUUGCAGUAACAUGGCGUUUUCUCUUGUCAACCGCAAAACAAAGCAGAUCUUUCAUUUUGAAUCUCAUUUUCGAAAACUAAUUUGUCUAGUCUUCUAUGUAAACUGGUGAUACUGUAAGAGACUUCAUUGCUAAGGGAUGGUUGGUUGGUUGUUUUAUUAUGUACACAUUCAAUGAGCAUUUUGAAAGUUAUAGGUAUUAUUUUUUGCUUUGGGUGAAAUUGGCGUGAAGUACAUUAUGUAAUAUGUAUAUAUUGAAAGGGAGGGAUGGAGAGAGAGAGAAUCGACCUUGUGUUUCUAAAUCUUUAUUGUAGUGUUCCGGAUUCUAUCAUGUAUUUUAUUUUUCUUCUAAAACAGCAAUUCAACGUACAACUCCUCUAACUUUGUAUUGUUUUCUAAUGUUCCGGAUUCUUUCACGUAAUUUUGUCUUCCAAAACAGUAAUACAUUCAGGUUGUUUGUGCUCGGCUCGCCUUUAGUCUAAGUUUAAUGGUAAAUAUAAUUUAAUGUACAACUUAUUUUAUCGGCCUCAUGGCGGGUGUUACAGGUCAACAGGGGUUGCUUGGGCACCUGAUCACACUUCUGGUGCGUCCAGGGGCCCGUGUUCGUUCGGUCCAAUAUUCAUAUAUUCUUAUUAGUAAAACGUUUUCGUUUGACCUGAGGAAGUGACAGAACUAGGAUUUUUUUUUUUAUAAAGUUAAGAUUGCUCAAGUAGUUUUGGGAAUAUACAUGUAGAUUAAGAAAAAAAGGUGUUUGUGAGACGAAAUUUGUGUGUGAAUCUGAGCCCGUUUGCAAUACUUUAUUUAAACAAUAAAAUGCUUUCCUGGUUGUUUUAUCGAGUGAUAAAGGUCGCUAGCUUUGCAGAAAAAAAAAUUCAUAACCCGAGUAAGACUCUGGUUAUGAUUUUUUUUCUUACAAUGCUAUAUCUACCUUCUGACAUCACCCGAUAAAACAACAAAGAAAGGUAUUUUAUUGUGUAUAUUUAUAAUUUUUAUGUAUUUUAUAGAAAUAUUGACUUACUUGACUUAAUCCCUUCUCUCCUCGUGGAUAAUAGGGCCAUGAACAAGUCCUAUCCAUUUACUUCUAUCCUGGGCUGAUCUUGCUGCCUCUGUCCAUGACCCAAAACCUAGUUCUUUCCUCUCUCUUUCUAUUGUUCUUCUCCACGUUUCCUUCGGUCUUCCUCUCUUUCUUUUUCCUUCUGGUGUCCAACUAAGGGCUACAUAUGGGUGUGUUCUUUUAUCCAUCCGUUUAUCCAUCCGUAGCACAUGUCCAAUCCACUGCCAUCUGCGUGUUUUUAUAGAAAUAUUAAUUAGAAUUAAUUAUUAAAAUAACAAAUCGUUGACCAUUUCGUUACUAUAAACGGAACAGCCAAUGCAGCCUUUGACCUUGACGCUGAUUACACGGACAGUGGUAACUAAAAAACCGGAUCGAACUAGUUUGUAACAAACGUGUAUUCAUUGUCCUCGAUGAAAGCAAUGUCAAUUUCAAAAGAAAUAUAAGAGAAAAAAAUGAGUGACUGCAAAUGUGAUGAUUUUAGGAUGCAAGCACCUACAUUAGCGCCAUUAAGCUGUGUACAGACAGAGCGAAAUUCUUAGUGCUUUUACCAUAGGGAACAGAGGAAUUUUAAACAAUAUCAAAAACACAAAGUUGUUUAAACAAAUACAACAAAAUCUGAUCAAGAGAGGAAUCUCAGGAAUGACAGACAUUAAAUUGUGUAUUAUUUGCAUAUAAUAAAUACACGAAAUAAAUGUUUUGGUAUUUCUGUAUGGAUGCUGGCGACAUUGAUCAUCACAAAAGUAAUCUUAUUUCAUUAUUUACACUGAAAAGAGAGGAUCCGAGUACGAAAAUUUAUUUACAUGUACUUCGGUUGUUUUUUUUUAAAGGUGAAAUUCUUUUAUUUUUAUACACUACUGGUUUUUGUACAUGAUAUUUAAUACAGUGUUCUAUAAUUGUUUAUCGGGUAAUGCCAUGUACAUUUUGCCCGUAUUUAAAUACGCUUGUGACUGUAAUAAGUUUGAAAAUAGUUCUUUCAAAUUAAUGAAAGUAUUACAUUUUCAAGCAAACGUUCAAUGUGUACAAUAUACAAUUACUUUUUUUGACUGUUUAUUUAUGAUUUACUUCAACUUUACACAUUGUGCAAACAAAAAUUGCCAUUAAAAUCCGUGAUAAAUGGC